UCAGCACCCUACAAAAUCACACAGCUGAGCUGAGAGACCAUGGAGACAACAGCCUGGAACCAGGUGCAUACAGCAAGCAGUAAGCACAAGCAUGAGGGGAUUACAGGGAUCUACCCUGACUUCUAGAGGAAGUAGCGAUGUUGUCAAAGCAAGUGUAACCUUUAAGGAAUUUAUUGCUAUUCUGUAAAGCACAGCACAGUGUGGCAUGGUGUCAUUAAGACUUGGCAGCUCACAAAGCUCUGAGUUCGUUCUCCACUGGAUUCCAUUCAUUUCUAGCCCAAAGAGACUCCAAAGCAAAGAGUUUCAGUCCUCAGCUAAGGAAGGAUGGUUGUGGUGCUCCACGGGCACCCAGCAGUCCUGGUUCUGGCACAUUCACCAUCAACUGAAUCCCUGCUGCACUCAGAGGUUCUGGUCCCCUGGCUGUCCUCGCUGAGGGAUACAUUACAGUGCCCACAGCUCCCUUGCUGCCACAUGCUUGUGGCCCCUCUGGAGGGAAAACUGCGUACCUGAAGGAUCAGUGCAUGGCCUUAUUUCUCCCCAGCACAGAGCCAGGUUACAACCAAGCUGUACUCUGGGACCAAAGACUGCAGAAGGCAAACUGAAAGUUGAUUUCCCUGAGAGUUUAGAUAAAAAGGUGUCUCAGAUUUCUGUGCACUGCAACACUCCUGGACAGCAAUGCAUCCAGCCCUCCAUCUUCAUCGCGCCUGUCCCUCGCUGGCCAGCUAACGCAACGCUGCAUCUGCUGCAGCUGCACCCAGCUCUGCUUCCCAAGGCAAAAAUGAACCAAAACACCUCCCAAACUCCAGCUGCUCAGUGGUGCCGACACCGGGCAGUGCCAGGUUGAGACUGUGGCUGCCAGAGAGCAUGCAGGGGAUGGCCACAGCACCGCAGGAGAUGGGCACAGCACCACUCCUUCCUGGUGUGUCCACGCUGCCUGAGCAUGUCCAUGAGCUGGUUGCUGCAAGCCCCCAGGAGCUGCUCCCACGCAGAGUGGAGCUCGCAGCCAACCCUUCCCGCACGUCACGGUGACGAGUAAUUUGGGGACUUUUGGCUCAGCCCUGUUCCUAAGUCCUGCCCACUCUUUCUGACUACUUGCUUACACCUCUGUCACACCAUCAGCUGCUUCCCCACGGGCAUCCCUUCCCUUCUGCCUUCUGCCUUCAUCACUUCUGCCUUCUGCUGUGUUGUGGUGACAUGGCAGCGUCCCCCUCGUCUGCUGUCCUUCAGAUCGUGGGUGUGAAGGUGGCCCCUUCUUUGGUCACUGGGAAUGACCACCAGAUUGGCCUGCAAACCCUUGCAGCAUGUCAAGUGCACCAGGAUGUAAAUGGGGACCCACCUCAUUUCCUUAAUAUAACCUUGAACUGAGCCCAGCAUGGAGCCUUUUACUGGUUCAGAAACUCCAGGAAAUAACCAGUGAAUCAUGAAGUUCAUACUGAAACUUAAGGAGUUCAAGAAAUGCCUGUGGGAUGGGGAGCGAGUGUUUCUGGGUCAUGGUCUCCCAGGACACACAGCCAUCUGCGAAAAGCAUCUCACAGAUGUGAGAUGGUCUAGUCUGAACCUCCAAGCAGAGGGAAGUGUGGGACUGGGGCACCCAUCUCCUUCAGUCUCACAGAAAGAAGGGAUCCGUGAUAGAUCUCCCGUCUCUGAGCCAGGCAAGGCUGUGUGGGAACUCCGCAAAGAGCAAAGCAGCUUUUGUGCAAAUCCCCUGGUUCUGUGGUACACAAAGCAAGGAGCUGGAUUUGGAUCCUCAGCCUCAGGGAUGUUUGAAAAUUAAUUGCCCUUUUGGAAGUUUCUCUAAUUUUUAAGCUUGACUGACUCAGCAAAAUGCUUGCUCCAGUCCCAGAACUGUGGAACUACAUGCCAGAGGAAAUCCUCAUCCAAAUUUUCUAUUACCUUUCUCUUCAAGACAGAUAUGCCGUCUUCCAGGUGUGCAAACAGUGGGCUAGAGCUGUUUCUUCUAGCUCGGUUUGGCAUUUCACAGAGAUCAGGUGUGAUUCAGAGGAUGCGGAAAGCAUGCUGCAGAGCCUGGUCCAGUUCCUCAGCCAAAUCAAACACCUGAAGAUUGUGUUUGACCAGUCCAAAGAGGUCAACCGGCAGAAUGUGAGGCACAUCUUAGAUCUGUUGGCAAAACAGAGUCACAAACUGCAGCAGCUGUGCAUCGUGUGCCAUGGGGAGAACCCCUAUUUCUACUCUGGCCAGGACAUCCUACAGAGCAUACGGAAUAUAUGUGACUCUAGAAACCAGAUAGAUCUGCAGCAUAUUGAUUUCCGAAAAAUGCCCUUUACUCUUGAUGAUGAGCUUGUUGAACUCAUAGCUAUCACCAACCCAAACUUGCACAGUUUGUUCAUCAACAACCGCACCCUGGUAUGCAACGUGGCGCCGGACACUAUAAGGAAAGUUCUCAGAGCAUGUCCGAGACUCUCAGCCUUGGGGGUUUACUAUGCCAGUUUGUCUGACGAUGUAUUUCUGGAACUGCUCAAGCCAGAAAGAGCAGCUUUCAUGCAUUUAGACAUUUUCUGUGAGCGCCUGGACAAAUAUAUACCUGUCAUCUCAGAAGAGCUCUGGGCUGCUGUAAGUCAAAAGCAUCCUCAGCUCUGCGUAGACCUGGAAUUUGAUCAUACAGUCCCUGCCUGCAAAAUACCACGGAUCCUAAAGCUGAACAUACCUGUGAGCACACUGCAACUUAACACCUAUACUUACAUGGUAAAUCAGAUUAGGUUUGUCACCCAGAGCUACAGCAGUACUUUAAAGAAGCUGACACUGCAGACCACGUCCUCGGAGGAGUUAAAUUCCUCGCUAAUAGAUCUGGCUAGGCACUGCCAGAAGCUGUUAGAGAUCCACUGCUACUGUGUGGUCAGCCAGGAGGUGGUGGAAGCAUUCCUCACACACUGCCCUGGCCUGAAACAAUACACUCUCAAGAUCACCAAGGAGCGGCACCCCUGGAAACCAGUGACAGUUCAGUGACCUCCUGCCUUCCUGGGGAAACUGUGGGGAGCUGCAGGAGUACAGUGAGAGAAGCUUUAGGGCUAUGAGGAAAAUGCUGUAAAAUGCCCUCUGUGCUUGCUGAGACCAUGCUAUUUCACUAUCACUGACUGUUCAAUAUGAUGCACACCCGUUCAGCAGACUGAGCAUUUGUACUCAAAUGUGAUAGAUAAAGGGUUAUACAGAGAACUAGAGUUGCCUGUUUUAAACUUUUCUUUAUUGGAAUAUGGAGGACAAGUCUUUUUUCUUCUCUGCUUCUUUAUUUAGCAAUAGCAGGAAUGCCAAACAUCCAUUAUGGAGUUUUACAGAGGACCCCAGUGAAAUUUAGUUUUGAUUUUAAGUUUUAAGAGAACCUUAGUCAAGUACCUUGUGUCAGGUGUCCAGCAACUACUUCAAUGGACAGUUGAAGAAGUAACAGCUUCAGUGCAGCCAUCUUGUGUUCACUGGGGUACUUAGCCACGUGGAUUCUGUGGGCUAUAGCAACAAACUGUGGUCAUCUGAUGGAAAAUCCACCCUAAAUUUGAUAAUUCCUCUUCUGGCAUUUUUGUGAUCAUGAGCUCACCCAGUAUCCAGAUGUCAGGUGACUCCAGUUUGGAAGGAUCUAAAUAGGAUGUGAGUUAUGUUAAAAGAUGCAAGCAGGAAAAAGAGCACUUAAGGAAAAACACUGGCAAGGUAGUAAUAAAAGGCAAGUAGUAGUCUGCAAAUAUCAUUUUCCAUCCUUUCUUUCUGUUUCUCAGGAAUGCAGAUUUCCAGGUUAUAAUUUGAAUGCCUUUUGCAGACUUUUGCUUUCAUUAAAUUGUUAAUGUGUCUUAGGAGAAGCAAGAGCAUUUACAGAUUUUUGUACCACCUUGCACUCAACAACUAAUGGCAAAGGUAUCUUGAACCUGAAUUCGGAUGUGUGUAUGUUUGCCUGUUGUGCCAAAGAUUUUGGUGAAUUGUUAUUUGAAGAGCAGUUUCUCCAUUGAAAUAAUCCUGGCAUAAAGUUACAUUGCAAGCACCUAUUUAGACCUA